CCGGCAACCAAGCUAGCUGAGCUGUACGGGUUGUUAGCUGCCCAAAAUACCUAACCUGAAGUCUUUCGCUUUGUAUGGAAGCGGUCAGCAUCAUCUGACGGGGUUCAUGUUACGUCGCGCCGGAGAUAAUGAGGAACAUUAUUGUGCUGUCGCUGCUGCUGCUGAACAUGCAUCAUGUCAAAUCAACACCCAAAGGCGUCACUGCCAGCCUCAAAGCAAAGUGGAGCAUGACGCCUUUCCUCCUGGAGACAAGCGAGUUUAUUGGAGAAGAUGGGAAUGAGAAAUUCUGGCAGUUUGUUGACACUGUGAAAGAGCUCACUGUGUACAAGCAUGGAGAGUCUGUGCGCUCGUACUAUAACUUGAUCCUUAAGAAGGCUGGCCAGUUCCUCACAGAUCUUCAAGUUAGUCUCCUGAAAUUUGCUCUGGCUCUACGGUCGUACUCACCAGCUGUCCACGCAUCCCAGCAGAUAGCAAGUGAUGAGCCUCCGCCUGAGGCUUGCCCUGCUUUUGUCUCCAUCCAUGGUCAGCAUAGCUGCAGUACCAAGGAUAUCAAGAAGCUCCUGAAGGCAGCUGCAGGCAGGCCAAAACCAUAUUUAUACAAGAAUGAUCACACAUAUCCAGGGGUCAAUAAGACAGAUGUGCCAGUUGUGAUCCUCUAUGCUGAGAUUGGAACCAAGAAGUUCACCACUUUUCAUAAAGUGCUGUCAGAGAAGGCUGGAGAAGGCACACUUGUAUAUGUUCUGCGGCAUUAUGUAGCGGAUCCAAAGCCUCAAAAGAUGCUUUUAUCUGGGUACGGUGUUGAGUUAGCUAUCAAAAGCACAGAAUACAAAGCCGUGGAUGACACCAAAGUAAAAGAUUCAAAGACCGUUACAAAUGCUGAGGAUGAUAAUAAUGAUGAAGUCCAAGGAUUCCUUUUUGGAAAAUUAAAGAAAUCUCACCCCGAAAUCCAGGAGCAACUUACUGAGCUUCGCAAACAUCUCCUGGAGAGUACCAAUGACAUGGUCCCUCUCAAAGUGUGGGAAAUGCAAGAUCUUAGUUUCCAGGCAGCUUCCAGAAUAAUGUCCGUGCCAAAGUUUGAUGCUUUGAAGUUCAUGCGAGACCUCAGUCAGAACUUUCCAAGCAAAGCCAGAUCACUGACAAGAGUGGCCGUAAAGCAGGAAAUGAGAAAGGAAAUUGAGGAGAACCAAAAGCAUCUCAGUGAGACCAUUGGUGUUCACCCGGGAGACGGGGAGCUCUUCAUCAACGGACUGCACAUCGAUCUGGACAUUCAUAACCCUUUCAGCAUUUUGGACAUCCUCAGAGGAGAGGCCAGGGUCUUGGAGGGGCUUCAUAACCUAGGCAUAAAAGGAGAACAUCAGGGCAAGCUGCUGAGGUUACCUGUAAACGCUGUGGAUGACAGCUAUGCCUUAGACAUCAGACAUCCAGCUAUAAUGUGGCUAAAUGACAUAGAGAAUGACCCAGUGUACCGCAGCUGGCCAACAGGUGUACAGGAGCUACUCAGAGCCACCUUUCCCGGAGUCAUCCGCCAGAUCCGACGCAAUUUCUUCAACCUGGUGCUGUUCCUAGAUCCAGUACGAGAAGAAAGUGUUGAGCUGGUGAAACUAGCACAGCUUUUCUACAAGCAUAAGAUCCCUCUGAGGAUUGGAUUUGUGUUUGUCGUCAACACCAAAGAUGAGAUUGAUGGCUUCUCAGACGCAGGGGUUGGAUUUUACCGACUGCUGAAUUACAUUGCAGAGGAGUAUGAUUUAUCCCAGGCUCUGAUGUCCAUGCUCUCAAUGUACAACAAAGUAGAUGUAGGGGGAUUCUAGGUGUAGAAUCCGAGUAUGAUGACAAAAGGCAGGAUGGUGCCCUCUUCCACCAAAAGAGUGGCCUGGGUGCUCUACCACUGGCUUUAUUUAAUGGAGUCCCUCUAAGCCCAGAUGAGAUGGACCCAGACGAGCUGGAAACCAUUAUCCUGCAGCGCAUAAUGGACACCACCACCGCCUUCCAGAGAGCUGUCUUUAUGGGUCAAUUGACUGAGGGCUCAGAUGUGGUGGACUAUCUAAUGGAAGAGGCCAAUGUGGUUCCCAGGGUGAACCCUCUUAUCCUGAGCACUGACCGACAGUACCUGGACUUCACUGCCAAGCCAGUUGUAGAUGAUUGGGAGGACACAACUAUGUUUUCAUUCUUGGACUCCAGAGACAAAACAGCUGUGAUGGCUAAGAGAAUGAAGUAUUUUACAAAUAGUGAUGAGGAUGGGAUGAGUGCUGUGACCAUGUGGAUAGUCGGAGAUUUUGAGAAGGUCUCAGGAAGGAAACUUUUGCUCAGUGCUCUGAAACAUAUGAAGGCCAGCCCUGGAGUGCGUGUGGGGGUGAUAGAUAACCCCAGUGGAAAGCCCAGCGAAGAUAACACUGUGCUGUACAGGGCUAUCUGGGCUUCUCUCCUCACCCAGAAGAAUAAGGCUGCAGCAGAGUUUGUGCUAAAACUCCUGAAAGAGGAGAGCAGCCAGCUCCUCCAACAGGGGACCAAGAUGAAGGACUUACUGAUUCAGGGCAUGGACGACGAUGCCUUUGAGAAAAAGUUCAACACACUGGAAGUGGAUUUUAUCCGUAGUCAGCAGCAGUUUUGUCAAGACAUCCUGAAACUCAGUCCUGGACAGCGGGCAGUGAUCAGCAACGGCAGGAUACUUGGUGCGUUUGAAGAGCAGGAAGAAUUCACUGUGGAGGAUUUCCACUUGCUGGAGAAGAUUACACUGAGCGGAUCUGCAGAGAAAGUCAAAGCCAAAGUUAAACAGAUGGGGAUGAAGCCAAAGCAGGCCAGUGACUUAGUUAUGAAAGUUGAUGCCCUCCUAACUGCAGCCCCCAAAGGAGAAGUCAGGAGGGAUGUCCACUUUAUCAAAGACAGCCACAGUGUGCUCCAUCUCUCCCCGCGUGAAAACGAGGUGUUCUAUGAUGUUGUGGCAAUCGUUGACCCCCUCACAAGGGAGGCACAGAAGAUGUCCUCUGUACUGAUCGUGCUCAGUCAAGUGGUCAAUGUGAGACUGCAGGUGUUUAUGAAUUGCCGGGCCAAGUUGUCCGAGAUGCCCCUCAAGAGCUUUUACCGCUUUGUCUUGGAGUCCGAUGUGAAUUUCUUGGCCAACGAUACAGUGUCUCCAGGACCAGUUGCCCGCUUCAUGGAGCUCCCAGAGUCUCCCCUUCUCACCCUUAAUAUGAUCACACCAGAGAGCUGGAUUGUGCAGGCUGUCCGCAGUCCCCAUGACUUGGACAACAUCCACCUGCAGGAGGUGAGCGGGGUUGUGACAGCAGAAUAUGAGCUGGAGCACCUCUUGCUGGAGGGCCACUGCUUCGACCUGUCAACAGGCCAGCCUCCCCGUGGACUGCAGUUUACCCUGGGCAUGAGUCGGGACCCACUCAUGUAUGACACUAUUGUCAUGGCUAACCUGGGAUAUUUCCAACUGAAAGCCAAUCCUGGUGCAUGGAUCCUGAGAUUACGUAAAGGGAGAUCAGAGGAUAUCUAUCAGAUUCUCACGCACGAUGGAACCGAUUCCCCUGCAGAUGCGGGCGAUGUCAUAGUUGUGCUGAACAGUUUCCACAGUAAGAUCAUCAAAGUCAGAGUGCAGAAAAAGGCAGAGAAGAUCAAUGAAGAUCUAUUAAGUGAAAAUAGUGAAAGCAAAGGCAUAUGGGACUCCAUAGCAAGCAUCACAGGCGGUGGCUCCAAGAAGGAUGAUGGAGACAAGAAGAAAGAGGAUGUUCUCAACAUAUUUUCUGUAGCGUCGGGUCAUCUCUAUGAGCGCUUUCUGAGAAUAAUGAUGUUGUCUGUCCUUCGACAUACCAAAACACCUGUCAAGUUCUGGUUCCUCAAGAAUUACCUCUCCCCAUCUUUCAAGGAGACCAUCUCUCACAUGGCAGAGACGUAUGGCUUUCAGUAUGAAUUGGUACAGUACAAGUGGCCCCGUUGGCUCCACCAGCAGACUGAGAAGCAGCGCAUUAUCUGGGGAUACAAGAUCCUCUUCCUCGAUGUUCUGUUCCCUUUGGCUGUGGACAAGAUCAUCUUUGUGGACGCCGACCAGAUAGUUCGGGCUGAUCUGAAGGAGCUGAGGGAUUUAAACCUGGAGGGUGCUCCAUAUGGCUACACACCGUUUUGUGAUAGUCGCAGAGAGAUGGAAGGCUAUCGCUUCUGGAAAACUGGCUACUGGGCCUCACAUCUAGGACACAGGAAAUACCACAUCAGUGCUCUGUAUGUAGUAGAUUUAAAGAAGUUUCGGAAGAUUGCAGCCGGGGACAGAUUACGAGGCCAGUACCAAGCCCUGAGCCAGGACCCCAACAGUCUGUCCAACUUGGACCAGGACCUUCCUAACAACAUGAUCCACCAGGUGGCCAUCAAGUCUCUUCCACAGGAGUGGUUGUGGUGUGAAACGUGGUGUGAUGACACCUCCAAAGUCACAGCUAAGACUGUAGACCUGUGCAAUAACCCAAAGACCAAGGAGCCCAAGCUAACGGCUGCGGCGAGGAUCGUGCCUGAGUGGGUUGAAUAUGACAACGAGAUAAAGCAGCUACUAAGACGGGUACAGGAACAGGAAGACACGGCGGCGCAAAAACAGACUCCCUCUCCAUCACAACAUAAAAAAGUAGACAACCGGCGUGAUGAACUUUAGUGUCUGCCAGCUCCAUGCUGAAGAGGAAGGAGGCAGCUCCUUCUGCAUGCAGGCCACCUGUGAAGCUUGAAGACAGACAAUUCCAUCUAAACAUAGCCAUGGAGUGUUACAUCCCCAGCCAGAGAAGGAUGUGAUAUUUUCAGAUGCCAUAUCUGCUUCUGCAGUCAAUACGUCUUACAAAAUUUAACACACAUUGUAAGUGUUAUCCGCCAACUGUGAACUCGUGGUGCGUUAUCAGCACUACAGUUAGGUCUUGGUUAGUAUGUGGUUACCGGAGAAUGAAGUGAACACAGAGUGUAAAUGGGUGAGGUCAGUCAGAGCACUAUUACGUGUGUGUGUUCUGAGAUUAAGUAGUUGGCAUAUAUUGCACUGAUAAUGUAUGCAAAGAAUCAAACAGAGAAGGCACAUCUCUAAGAAUCUAAUCUCAAAGUUCAAUGUUUUUUUUUUAUGUAAAAGUGUUUUCAAAAAUGUAAUUGAUUAAGGUAUUCUUUAUUUGACUAUGCGUUGACUGAAAUGCCCAAGCCAAAGUUGUGACUGACAUAAAGCUAGUCCUGUUUUUAAAUUUCUCUCCUUGCUGCAAAGUUGUUACAUUAUAAUUGUGGUACUGUAAUUUUUAUUUUUUGGGGGGAGCAUAGGGGAGGGUCUUUUUUGUGUGUCUAUUUUAGUUUAGCCUUCACUUCUAAGAUUUAUUAUGUAAAAAAAGAGAUCAAAGAGCUACAUCGAAAACAUGGCUUUCAUGGGUCAUAAAGGUACUUUAUUCUUUUCAUCACCAUCAAACAGGUGUCUGAUGUACGUUCUGAAAAACAAUACAUGCAGAUCUUUUUAGUUAUUACUGAUCAAAGGUCUAAAGUAAAGAGUACAGAAAGCUGAAGUAAAGUUAAAUGUGUUGUACAAAGUUAGAAUAUGAUUCAUUUUCAGCACCACACACUGCCAAUUGUUAUCAAUUUUUAUUUCACAGUUAGUUGAACUGUACUCCAAGUCUCCAGCUGCUGCUCCAAAACACACCUGGCUUACAUUUCUGGUAGUUCCACUCAGAUUUAUGUAGCCUAAUUGGUUUAAUUAUGACAGACAUCUAAUCCAAUUAAUAAGUUUAACUGUUUAAAGUCAGGGGAUAAGGGAAAAACAUUACUCAGAAGCCCGAGCACGUGGCUGUGUCGUGGUGCAGAUUAAUGCACAGGGAAGCCUCACGUGUGCAGGGGCCCAGAUUACCUAGUUUAAAAAACAAAAAAAAAACAAA